AUGGCUACGUCUUCCACAUCCCCCGAUACCUCUUCAACAAGUGCACCCAAAAAAUAUAAUCUUCGCAAUCCGCUUCCGCUCUCAGCCCCCCAAGAACAAGAAGUGAAACUGCUGUACUACAAGCGAGUACGCGCCCAUUGCGCACCCGAAAUUAAAGCAUUUGCCGAGUGCGCCGUCAACCGCACUGUCACUGCAACAUGGGUCUGCCGCCAGCAACGUCUCGCAAUGAAUUCAUGCAUGGUCGCCCACGCGAAGCCGGAAGAAGAGGAUCGCGCACGUGAGGAGUGGUUCGCGGGGUAUGAGGAACGGCGACGCGCGCGUGAGGAUGAUCUUGCACGGGUUGAGAAGCGUCGUGCGGAAGUUAUUCGCAUGAUGCGCGAGGAUGAGGCGCGGACACGAGCGGCGGAAAAAUGA